AGCUGGUCCGGUCGCGGCCGGCGGUCAGCUGCCAGUAGCGCGCGGACCUCCGUAGCGCCCGCCGCCUUCGCUUCGCCUCGCCUUGCGCGUCAUACAGCUCUCGGUCAGUGAAGAAAGCGGAGGGUAUGGGUAUGGAUAUGGUAGUUGGAAGCCUCCGCGACUGACAUGAUCCGUGUGCUGCGGAGGGACUAUGUGCCGCUAGGCAAGAGACCUCAGCAUCAGGAUGCUGCCACCAAACAACGCCAGCUGGAAGAGGAACACGCACGACGCUUCCACAACUGGGUUACUGCGCACGAAUUCCGUGCGCUGUACACAAAAGGAGCACAGGUGUGGAUUCAGCACCCAGAAAAAGUAUGGGAGGAAGCAGAAGUAAUAGAAGACUACAAGAGCAGUGUUCUGAAAGUUCGGACAGAAGAUGGCAGAAUACAUGACCUGAUUAUUGAAUCAGAUGAGAAACUACCACCUCUACGAAAUCCACGCAUUUUAAUUGGAGAGAAUGAUCUAACAUCAUUGUCUUACCUGCAUGAACCUGCUGUAUUGUAUAACCUGAAAGUUCGUUUCUGUCAGAAGAGCUCUAUUUAUACAUAUUGUGGCAUUGUGCUGGUUGCAAUCAAUCCGUAUGAUGAUCUCCCUAUAUAUGGCACUGACACCAUCUGGGCCUACCGGGGCCAGGCUAUGGGUGAUCUGGAUCCUCACAUAUUUGCUGUUGCAGAAGAAGCAUAUACAAAACUGGAACGUGAACAGCGUGAUCAAAGUAUCAUUGUAUCUGGUGAGUCUGGUGCUGGGAAGACUGUGUCAGCUAAAUACGCCAUGCGUUAUUUUGCCACUGUUGGUGGUUCAUCAACAGAGACACAGGUGGAAAAGAAAGUCCUUGCCUCAAGUCCUAUAAUGGAGUCAAUAGGUAAUGCCAAAACAACAAGAAAUGACAACAGCUCAAGGUUUGGGAAGUUCAUAGAAAUACAUUUCAACAAACAAUAUCAUAUACAAGGAGCAAGUAUGCGCACUUACCUGUUGGAGAAAUCUCGUGUUGUCUUCCAGGCACCAGAAGAAAGGAAUUAUCAUAUAUUUUAUCAGCUCUGUGCGGCAAGAGAAGAAUACCCUGAACUUCAGUUAGCCCACCAGGAUGAUUUUCAUUACUUAAAUCAAGGUUCCAGUCCUCACAUUCAAGGUAUAGAUGACAGAGCGAUGCUUGAAGAGACAACCAAUGCGUUAAAUCUGCUGGGUUUUUCAUCUAAGGAGCAGAUGGAUAUGUUCAGGAUACUGGCUGCAAUAUUACACUUGGGGAAUGUUCAGAUAGUUGAAGCUGCUGCUGAGAAUGACCAAAAUGCAGAUGGUGAAGGAAGCGCUAUUCCUGCAGAUGAUCAACACCUGGCAAUACUAGCCAAUCUUCUUCAGAUUAAUGCAAUGGACAUGAGAAGCUGGUUGUGUCAUCGCAAAAUUGUUAGCUUGAGAGAUGUAAUCUUCAAACCAAUGACAGUGAUAGAGGCUGUCUCAGCAAGAGAUGCUUUGGCUAAACACAUCUAUGCAGAACUCUUCAAUUGGAUUGUUUCAGUUGUAAAUAAAGCAUUAUAUAGUAGUGGAACAACUCAGAAAUUUAUUGGUGUUUUGGACAUAUAUGGGUUUGAAACAUUUGAAAUAAAUAGCUUUGAACAGUUCUGUAUUAACUAUGCAAAUGAAAAACUGCAACAACAAUUCAACCAACAUGUUUUUAAAUUGGAGCAGGAGGAAUAUAUGAGAGAAGAAAUAGAGUGGAAAUUCAUAGAUUUCUAUGACAAUCAGCCUUGCAUUGAUCUCAUUGAAACUAAACUAGGAAUCCUCGACCUCCUGGAUGAGGAAUGUAGGAUGCCAAAAGGUACAGAUGCCUCAUGGACAGAGAAGCUAUACAAUAAAUGCUCCUCAUUUAAUCAUUUUGCGAAACCAAGGUUUGGCAAUUUAGCAUUCAUUAUUCACCACUUUGCUGACAAUGUGACAUACCAGAGUCAUGGUUUUUUGGAGAAAAACAAAGACACAGUUUUAGAGGAUCAGAUUAGUGUAAUAAAAAACGGUCAGAAUAAAUUGAUUCGAAAGCUUUUCAAAGAAGAAGAUAAUCGCAAAUUGACAGUUCCUGCAGCAAAGAUAAAAGUGGCAGCAGCAAGACCAUCAUCAACAAUGCCUGCCUCUUCCAAGCAGCACAAGAAAACAGUUGGAUCACAAUUCAGGGAUUCAUUGAAUAUGCUGAUGUCAACACUAAAUGCUACAACUCCACAUUAUGUAAGAUGUAUAAAGCCAAAUGACAAUAAAGUUCCAUUUGAAUACAAUCCAGUGCGGGCUGUUCAGCAGUUGAGAGCCUGUGGUGUUCUGGAAACAAUAAGAAUUAGUGCUGCUGGUUUUCCAUCAAGGUGGACGUAUGGUGACUUCUUUAACAGAUACCGUGUUCUUUGCUUGUAUAAAGAUAUCCAAAGAGAUAACCUGAGAUUGACCUGUGAAAGAAUAGUAUCUAAAAUUAUAAAGGACACAGACAAAUUCCAGUUUGGAAAGACAAAGAUUUUUUUUAGAGCUGGACAAGUUGCAUACUUGGAAAAACUCCGUGCAGACAAGCUAAGGAAAUGUUGCAUCAUCAUUCAAAAACAAGUGCGAGCAUUCAUCUGCCGGAAGAAAUACUUAAGAGUGAAGAAGUCUAUCCUGUUGUUGCAGCGCUAUGGGCGAGGUGUUCUUGCAAGGAGGAAAGCACAUUUCUUGAGACAAACAAGGGCUGCAGUAACAAUUCAACGGUAUACGAGAGGUUGGCUUAUUCGCACAAAAUACAAGUCAUUGAAAGCUUGUGUGUUGGGUCUCCAAGCAAGAGCACGUGGUUUACUGGCUCGGCGCAGGUACCAGCAGAUGAGAUAUAAUCAUGCUGCAAUUAUAAUACAACGGUAUGUCCGUGGCUGGCUUGCACGCAAGUGGUAUGCACGUAAACGAACACAAGUGAUUUUGGUACAGUCAGCUAUACGUCGCUUCCUGGCUCGGCGUAAGUUCCGUAAACUUCGGCAGGAAGCACGUUCUGUUGAGCAUGUGAAGAAAUUGAAUAAAGGACUGGAGAACAAAAUCAUUUCUCUUCAACAAAAAAUUGGAGAACUGGUUAAAGAAAACAAUGCUUUGAAGCUGGCCCAGACAGAAUUGCUUGAGCUGAAACCAAAAUUUGAUGCUUUGAGAGUUGUGGAGACAGAGAAAAAACAGAUGGUUGCGUUGUUGACCAAAAAGGAUGAAGACUUGGAAACUCUGAAAAAGUCACUUGAAAAUGAGAGAGAUGAAAAAAUGGAUUUAAUUAAUGAAAAGGAACGGUCUGAAAAAGAAAGAGCAGAGGAAGUUGAAAGAAUUAACAAAGAAAACCUUAGAUUAAAAUCUGAGCUUGAUGAGUUAAAUGAGAGGAUAAAAUCUAAUCAAAUUGGUGCAGAAGAGAAUCUACGGGCACGUGUUGAGCAAGAAAAGCUGAUGCUGAUCCGUGAGCAUGAUCAGGAUAGAGAUGCUUAUCAAAAGCUACUGGCAGAGUACAACCUACUGGAACAACGGAAUGAAAGCCUGGAGAAUGAACUGUCUCGUCUGCAAUGGAGUGGGUCUUCUAAAAGUAAUCAUCAGCGUUCUUUUUCUGAUGCAAGCACUGUUAGCGCACAGGAUACAACUGCAAGUGAUGUAUCCGAGCUUGGAGAAGAUAUUGAAGGUGUUCAACUAGUUCUCAAGCUGCAGCAGAAGGUAAAAGAACUGGAAAAGGAACGAAACAAGUUGCAGAAACAAGUAGAAGAGUUCCUUGAUAAACAAGACAAGCCACGUGAUGAUGAAGCAUUUUCACACGAUCGUUUUCGAUUACAACAACUGGAAGUGGAGUAUUCAAGAUUACGUGCAAAUUUGGCUAAAAUGCAAAUAGCUGUAGCUGAGGGUUCAGGACAAGAAGAAUUUUUAAGAGAAUACAAUGAGCUGCAACUUGAUUUUGACAGACAGCGGGAGGAAAAUAUACAGUUACAUAGUGUUCUAGCAAAACAAACCCAAGGUUUGAAAAAUGUAGCUAGUAACAACUAUGGAAGUCAUGUUGACUUAAUAAAUGAGGAUGGGGAGUUAGUAAUGGCAUUUGAAGCACAAAAGAAGAUAAACAGGCAGCUGGAAGAUGAACUGCAACAAGAAAAAAAUAGGUGGCAAGUAGAAAGAGAAGAACUUCAACAAGAAAAUGAGAAACUCAGAGAGGAGAAUGAUAAUCAGCGCAAGCUUUUGUCUAUGAGCUUAACUAAAAGUCCACAAACUCAAACUGAGGCUUUUAUGCAACAUGAAAUUAGAAGACUGACUUCAGAAAACUUGGACCUGCAAGAGAAACUAGAUUUAGCGAAAGAGGAACUGCGACAAUGUAAGAAGAACUUAAAGCUGCAAACUAAGGCACUGAAGGAUGCAGGUUUGCUACCAAAUGAAUUGGAUAAUAGUACUGAAGCAGCUGAAAGCGCAACAGAAAAAACUCUAGUGAAGAGCCAAGAUCAAAGGAAUAACAUAAGAGUGACAAGAAAGAAGGAAAGUCAUUACCAAGGCAUGUUCGAGUUUCGCAAAGAGGAUGUUCAACAUAUCGUUAGGCAUCUGAUAUUUGAGUUAAAGCCACGUAUUGCUGUAACACUGUUACCAGGAUUGCCUGCAUACAUUUUAUUCAUGUGCAUUAGGCACACAGAUUGUACAAAUGAUGAUGAGAAAGUACGGUCACUGCUGACGGCAACUAUUAACACCAUCAAGAAAGUAACUAAGAAAAGACAUGAUGAUAUGGAUACAACAGUUUUGUGGCUGUCAAACACUCUGAGACUAUUGCAUAAUUUGAAACAGUAUAGUGGAGACAAAACAUUCCAGACCGAAAACACACCGAGACAGAAUGAACAGUGUCUAAGGAAUUUUGAUCUGUCUGAAUACAGACAAGUUCUUUCAGAUAUAGCUGUAGGAAUCUAUCAGAGUCUUAUUGGGCACAUACAAGAAAAGGUACAACCAUUGGUGGUGCCAGCUAUUCUUGAACAUGAAGCAAUAAGUGGCUUGUCAAGUCAAAAACCUAGUGGGAUGAGAGGAAGAGCUGCCUCUACAUCAAGAGACUCAGAGCCACUUUUGGAUGCACAGAAGUCACUGGAUGCACUCCUGCAGGAACUAAAUUCUAUUCAUAAAAUAAUGGGGUACCAUGGUGUUGACCCAGAGCUUAUUGUCCAGAUAUUUCGACAGAUGUUUUACUUCAUUUGUGCCAGUUCACUGAAUAACCUACUGCUUCGAAAGGAUUUGUGUCAUUGGACUAAAGGAAUGCAGAUAAGAUAUAAUCUAUCACACCUAGAACAGUGGUGUCGUGACACAAGACUGCAGGACACCAAUGUACCAGAUACUUUACAGCCUAUAAUUCAGGCUGCCCACUUGCUACAGGCUCGUAAACUGGAUGAGGAUGUUCAGAGUGUCUGUGAUAUGUGUGAUAAACUUUCAAUGUUUCAGAUAAUCAAAAUACUCAAUCUGUACACAACCAUAGAUGAAUUUGAAGAACGUGUUCCAGUCAGUUUUAUUCGCAAGAUACAGGCGAAGCUCCAGGAAAGAAAUGAACCUCAGGAACAGGCCACGUUACUGAUGGACACAAAAUUCACAUUCCCAGUAAGAUUUCCUUUCAAUCCAUCAAACAUCAGGCUCGAGGAUAUAGAGGUACCAGAGGUGCUGAAUCUACCUAUGCUGAAGAAAGCUUAAACUAGAGAGAGUAGAGCUCAUAAGGAAAACAGAAAUGUACCAUGUUAAAAGGUUUACAGUUAUUUUCUUCUGACUGUCUGGGUUUUGAAGUAAUAAACAUACAAAUUGUAAUGGGUUACUAAAUUUAGUGUUACAGUCAUUAGCAGCCUAUAAAUUUAAACUUGUUUAUUGCUUCAUUCUAACGUGCGUUUCAUUCUUAUUAUAUUGUUGUAAUGUGAAUCUGGGUAAAAUGCCAGGUUUCUUACAUGUUUUUUUUAUUUAUUAAAUAUAUUGUACAAGAGAUAUUUUGCUAUAAUUAUUUAAAGUGUUUCUAAUAUUUAUUUUUAUUUAACUUACUCAUUUUCAAUGAGUGUACUGUCCAUGUGUAUUUUGUUCCUUUGUUAUUUUUGUACUGUGGGAGGUGGACAAUGGGGAGUGUGUCAUGUACAUAAUUCACUUUGAUGUGGUAGUGAGUACGUACUUAACAUUGUACAUACAGCUUUUGUUGCGGUGUGUGUGUGUGUGUGUGUGUGUGUGUGUGUGUGUGUGUGUGAGAGAGAGAGAGAGAGAGAGAUAUGCAGUAGGGUUGCUGUGAAAAAGUAUUACUUGUAGAAAUUACUUUGCCAAUGUAAAAAAAAUUCUUAAUGUUCUAUGGUGCAGAGUUUUCCAUAUGUUGUGAGUGUAGCAUGUAAAAUGUCGUCCAUCCUGUGUUUGUUCUGAAUAUCAAACACUACUGCUUUGUAUAAUGUCCUAAUUCAUUGUCAACAACAAAUAUUUGUAAAUGUAAAAACACGUUAUCAUGCUACAUUCAUUUGUUUACCUGUAACACAACUGUCGUUUCCCUCCAGUAUCUGUGAAAACAAAACUUGUUCCAAAAGUCAAAUGAUGUGUGUAUAUUAUGUGGAGCAGUGUUUUAAUCAUUUUUACUGUUCCACAGUGAUGGGACACUUUAAUGUCUGGUCACUGCUAGACUGUUCUUCCUUUUUGUUACAGUUUCUUUAGGAAAAAUAGGAAUCGGGGGUCAUAGCAAUAAAAACUUUCCAUCUGAGAGAUGACCAACUAUGAAGAAAUUGAAAUAGUUAAAAUACAAGCAUUUUUCUCGCAAGCAGUUUAGGUUUGUUUCACCUUCACACUUUUGUGUAAUAUGAAGGAGGAGAGAAACUUCAACUAUAUUCUUUGCAUCCUGUUUCUCACAGUCAUCAUCAUCAUCAUCAUCAUCAUCAUCAUCAUCUGUUCCUCACUAGCCCUUAUGUAAAUCAUAUUUCCUUCUACUAAUUUCAAGAUGAAAUUUUUUUAAGUGGCAGGCAUUCCUCAGUGUUGGCCAACCAGCUAUCUAUUAUAAUCUAGUCCACAUAAUUAAUCUUAAAUGUAAAUUUGUAGUUACAGUACCAAGGAACUACUGCUUUUUAUUAUUUUACUCUUUGUUUUAGUGAUGAGGUACCAUCAGUCACUGUUCAGUGCCAAAUUUCUUUGUUGUAAUUGUGAAUAUGGUUCAUCUCUAAAGGAGCAAUAGAAAUACAAGCAGAUAUCUGGAGGAUAUAAGAAUAUCACUGUGGGUCCUGGGCAAUAUUGCCAUGUGCAUGAAUAUCUUAUCUGCUAUGUGCCACUGAUUUACAGGUGUAUUUGUUUUUUCUUAAUACCACUUUAAAUGCUGGUUACUGAAUGCAUAACAGGCCUUCAGUGGAGUAUUGUCAUUAUUUAGCUGUAUAUUUCUAUUCUGAUUCAGUCCAUUCAUAUAUGUACAUGUAAAUUGCAUAUUGAAAGGUAAAUGUGGAGUUCUACCCUGAUGGGGGUAUUUGAGAAUGGGUUACUAAAUUGUCUGUUCUGCUUCAUAUGCGUUCUAGUCAGUGUUCUUUCAUUUUUUUAAGCAUUAGCUCAAAUUUUUUAUGGCACCCAUGUUAGCCAUACAAAAGAAACUACUGUGAUGAUAUUAAAGAAAUCAAUUGUAACUUCUCUUUACAUGUUCUUUGUAUUUGUAAGUGGCCUUCACCAGAAAUAAUAUAAUUUUUUAAAUUGUUAGGACUGAGCAUGAUGAUGUAAUUUUGUCAUGUGUUACAGAGAUAUUGAAAAUUACUGGUUAAAUAUACGGUUUAAUAAAUGUAUCUACAAAUAAACGGCCGUCGGAACAUAUUUGAUGCAGAGCACAUAUUUUGUGAACAGGUCUGUCGGAGUCAUUUACAUGUAUAAAAUGUAUUUAUUCUGUGUGUGUGUGUGUGUGUGUGUGUGUGUGUGUGUGUGUGUGUGUGUGUGUGUGUGUGUGUGGAGAGAGAGAGAGAGAGAGAGAGAGAGAGAGAGAGAGAGAGAGAGAGAGAACCAGCUUUGUGGUUUCUCGUUGGAGGAGGAAAUAUUUAAUUUCUAUCCUGCUCUCACUUCAUGUUCUUUGUUGUUCUUUUUUCUGUUUAUGGAGCAGAAUAAUGACAUUACUUACAUGUCCUUCUGUUUUUCACUAUUAUUAUUAUUAUUAUUAUUAUUAUUAUUAUUAUUAUUCAUUCGUUGAUUAUCUGUGCAUGACAUUUGUUGACUAUAGAUAUUCUGUAACAUGCAGAAGUUUGGGGCUCUACUUGCAUAUUCAAGUAAAUUUUGGAAAUGUAGCUUCAUGCAGACUUUCUUCAUUGUUCACAAAACAAUCACUUUAUUUUUCAAAUUUAAUAUUAAUAGGUCCUUAGGUGGUCAAACUGUAAGAGAAAAGGAACAAUGUUGUUGGUAAAUCCUCCAGAAAGACAAUAGAUACAAAGUUCUCGUUCUUUGACAAGAAUUGUAUGAGGAGAGCUUGUCAUUUUAGUGACUCCACUGUUGUUUCAAUAACAUCUUUUGUAUAACAGUACCAGAUGUUUUCAUAUCAGUCAUUGGCUUCACUUGAAACAGAACGAUUUCGUGGCCUAAAAUUGUCCAUCAUAAUUACAGUGUUAACCAUGCCUAUGGGAAGAAGUUUUAUUUUACUUUGUCAGUAAAUGGUAUGACAUUGUGAGAACUCAAGACAUAGAAACAAAUGGCAUUGUUCUGUUGUCUACACUUCAGUAACCAUUUACAUGUCAUACAGAGCUAAUUUGGUUAGUGCUAACUGAACAUAAUAAAGAUUGUACCAGUAAAACAUCUUCUGUACACUGAAAUUUAAAUGUUUUGUGUGGUUCUGAUGGUUAGUCAAUGAUUUGAGUGGCAUGCCUGGCUAGGUAAAUGAUGUACAUGAUGCUAAAAUUCUUUAAUGUGCAAAUUUUCUUCAAACGGAAACAUUGUUUAAAAAUGUUGUAGAAUAUUCAUUGUUCAUACCAUUAGUCACAGGCAUUGAAGGAACCAGGUGGUGAAACAUUUAAUUUUAAAGAAUGUGUGCUUUAUGAAAAGUUGAAAAAAAUAGUAUUUUUUGUAUGAUUUGUUUAUAAGGAAGCAUCAUUUUAAUCCCUCCCCAAAUUCUACCAACCCUUCUUGCAGCCUGUGCUCUGUUCUCGCGUUCUCUUUAUGCAUGUACACUGCAGUAUUGUUUUUGGGAUCUAAAUGCUAUAUUGAUCAAUUAAAACUAGAAAAUAUCAUAUCGGACUGACAGAAUUGUGCGCUUCAUUCAUACUGGUUGGACCAAAGAGUUAAAUUAAUUGCAUGUGGUUCCUUCAUUACAGUGGCUUUAAAUCAAAAUCUAUUACUUAGACAUUGCUGGUGCUACUGUAGUAAUGAAACUCCACUUGAGACAUGUGUAACUUCAUAGUAUUUAUUGUAAAAUGAUUCUGUUAUAAGGUAUUCCAAAGAUCACAUUUUCUCAGAGUUAUUAAAAAAUAGAAUGACUAUGAAGAUGCAGAAUUGUUUCAGAUAAUAAAAAAUAUAUUUUCAAACAUCUAGUCAUAAUAAUUUCAUCUGUGCUGUAUCUGUGAAUGACCGUGUUGAUUAAUAAAUUAAUAACUGUUGAAUUCUCUAAUCAGAAGUGAUGUGUACUUUAUUAUUUUAUGCAUACAACUGAAAUAAAAAAUGUUAAACCAG